UGUGUUCAGGGAACAGCGGCCGCAGCCGGAGUGUUAUCGCGGACGGACAGCUGACGCUUUCAGGGGGAAAGAAGCCGAAAGAUCCCACAUCGGGUCCGGGAUCGGGGAUCGGCCUGGGGUCCGGGGCUGGGACUGGGACUGGGGUCGGGGAUCGGCCUGGGGUCGGGGGCUGGGGCUGGGGUCGGUGAGGGGACCGGAGCCGGGAGGGGUGACCGGGCCCGGGCCCGCCAUGCUCAGUCAGAGCUCUCUCCAGGACUCCCUGGACGGCGAUGAGAAGGAGGCGGACUCGGAGCCGGUGGAGGAGCCGCAGCAAACGGACGCUUACUACAGCCUGUACCGGAGGCAGAGGUCAAGGUCUCAGCAACCAGGAGACCUUGGAGAUGUGGGGCACAGAAGAACUGGAUCAUCAGACACUUUCCCCAAGGAAACAAUGUCUCAGGAGGAUCUCAGCCUCUCUUUGUUGGCCUCCAACUUGUCUGUCAUGGCUGAAACAGAGCUUCGAACAUUCAUGGUAAAACGUCUCAGUAAAGGAACACUUUUUGCUGGAAUGGGCACUAUAGUAGCAGUGGACUUGAGCAUUGCCGAGCAGCCUGUUGCUUGUUACUACUGCCUCCUUCAUCAGGACCAGCCUCCAGGGGCACAAGGUGACAAACUGGAGUCCGAAGAUGUGGUCACUGAUUAUGUUCUCUGCUUUCUGGGAAGUACUGAGAAGAGCCUUGAACUUUUCAGAAUCGAGUUGGAUAAGUAUGCACAGGGGUUACAGCUUUACUUGUGUGCUAAGGCCGAUGCUGCAGAGCUGCACACCCAGCCGUACCUGAGCAGCUGGUACGACGACGCUGUGCUCUACGUUCAAAGGGUGGUGCAGCUGUUCCAAGACAGGCUUUCAAUCCUGCUACGGGCUGCUUUGAGUCACACUCCAGUUGAAGUUAAAGGUGCUGACAAUAAAAUAAAACAGGCUGUUGAAAGGUUUCUCUGUGCUGCCAGUCUCCAGGGCCUGAUGCAAGAGGACACUCAAGCUUCACUGUGUAAGGCAAUGGCUGAGGAGCAGCAGAAAGCCAUUGUUAUAGACUGCAGUGGAUCUACUCCCUCUUUCGAAAAUGCAGUGAGCAACAAGUUCUGUGAAGACUGGAUUCCUUCCUUUUUAAACGGCCUGGAGAGUAGAAAUCCUUUCCUCAUCAGGCAAAUUCUGGAGAACUUUAAAUUGAAGGCCAUACAGGAUAUGAACAGUCUGAAGCGGUACAUUCAACAGGCCGAGAUGAACAACUACGCCCUGUUCAAGUGCUUUGUCUUUCUCAAGAACUGUGGCAAUGGGGAUGUCCUGCUGCGUAACGUUAAGGUGGAGCACAUGGAGAUGCCGGACGCUCGCAGUGUGGUGAAGGUGCUUGAGGAGUUCAUGUACGAGGAAGGUGUGAUUACUCCCUCUAACUAACGAUCUAUCCGUGUCAGACUUGCUUUAACAAAGACUUUACCUGUUGUGCUUCUUGUGGUGGAGCUUCAUAGUCACUGAUACUGUAUUUGUCCAGCAUUGCAUGGAAACCUGUUUACUGACGCUUGUGAAGUGCCGCACAGGCAGUCUGUGACACGCGUGUCACUGUCGGCGGGUCGUGCCGCUCAGGCAGUCUGUGACACGCGUGUCACUGUCGGCAGGUCAUGCAGCAGUAUGACGUGGGGCUGUUUCUCUCCAAUGCUGCAGGCAAACAGAGAAACAGAUCCCUCAAUGAAAGUCAGACUUGUGUAGUUGUAAAAAACCAAAAGGAUUUACAUUAUGCCUCGGUUAAACAUGGAUCUCACCCCUCCCCGAUUGAGGAGGGUCAGCAGAAUACAGUCAUUUACGUUUAACACCACAGGUCUGGAGUAACCAGUAAGGGAUUCAGGGAUUUGGGAACUCGCCCACGUCAGGAAGAAGGGCACAAACAGAUGUGGUGUGGAACACUGCACACAUUGACCAAAACAGCUCUGCCUGGGACAAUUUUUGGAGUGAUGAUGUUCCCAUAGGAGGGGAAUGGGUUAAGUUGGGUUCCCUAACCGAGGAAGUGUGGAGGGAGAGGCAGUGAGAAGGAAGAGCAGGGAGAGAGAUGAACAGAAAGGCAACUGUCUUUUUUUUAAUGAAAGGGUUUCUGAAAAACUGAUCAUCGGAAAAUAUAACAUGAUGCAUUCCAGAGUUAUUUACCUUGGCUAUCAUUAAUAGAGCUGAUAAUCUGAUUGCUUAGAAACAUGUAGAGAGCAAUUUUAGUAAACGUUAUCAACCAACACACUACUGGAGGAAAUUGAAGCUCCUGAGACCUGUAGCAUCACAGACUCAAGACUGACAUUCUGAAACAUCCCACACUGGAGUGUCUGCUAUUAAUCAAUUGUAAACAGUUGCCAUGUGGUCUAGGACUCUGCUAUUUAUGUGGCUGGUUAAAAUCAAAAUGUACUUCAAGUUUGUCUUGAUUCCAAAUAAAAUUUUAAUAUUAUGUG